UCGGAAGUGGUACUAGAGAGUCUUGUUUUUCGAGCGAUCGCAGUCUUUAUUUGGCUGUGACUCUUCCUGCUUUGCGGUGGGGCUGCUGGCGAGCGGCUCCCCUCGCCCGGAGAAUUAUGGAUCGGAAAAAAAAGCCUCUGGAUAUAACAGUCGGUUCGCUGGUAGAUUUGAAAGCUGAACUGUUCCGAAAACAGGAAGAAUUCAAGAAAGAAAAACUUUUAAAAGAUGCAGGAGUUCAUGUUAAGCCCAAAACAGUAAAUAAGAAGCCAACCAUUUGGACUAAGCAGAACAAAGGGGUUUCAGAUCGAGCUGAAAAAGAUGCCGAGCAGAAGAUAGAGGAGAAGCAAACUCUGGAUAAAUCAAGGCAAAAACUGGAAGAGAAAGCACGUCUGUAUGAAAAAAUGACCAAGGGAGACUUUCCAGAUGAAGAAACUGAAGAGUUAUAUCUUGUGGAUUUCACUCAGAAGAUCAUUGACAAACGGAGAGAAGUACAAGAACUGUGUACCAGUGAAACUGCCAGAAAAGCAAUGGGGGAGGAAAAUGGGGAAGAAGAGAGAUUGUCUGAAGCAGAGGUCCCACCGCCACAGACCCCAGAUGAAGAAUGGGUUGAAUAUGUGGAUUAUUUAGGCCGUUCAAGAGGAUGUAAGAAGAAAGAUUUGCCCCUUCUGCUAGAAAUGGAUAAACUGAACGAGAGGCCAGAAACUGAAAAAAAGACUCUACUGUCAGAAGACAUGAGAAGGGAGCUUCAACGACAGGAAUGGGAAAGAGAGGAAGAAGAAGCACUGAAGAAACCUAUGGGGCCAAUUCAUUAUGAAGACAUUCGAGAAAAUGAGGCCCGACAGCUUGGUGUUGGUUACUUUUCCUUCUCCCGUGAUCAGACUUUGAGAAAAAAACAAAUGGACACUUUAGAAAUGCUAAGAGAACAGACCAUCGGUCAGAGAACAAAGCGUGAACAUUUAAAGGAAAAACGUAAAGCUAUUUUGGAAGCCAGGUUGUCUAAAAUUCGAGCGAAAAAGCGCUUAAAAGAUGGUGAUACAAAAGAAAAUGGAGAGGAGGAAGUGCCAGAGCCAGUGCUACCUUCCAGCAAGCCCACUGACCCGCCCAGAGUUUCUACAGAAACUAGAAAAGUAGAAGUUAUCAUUCAGGAGCGGAAAGAUACAAGGCCGGGUGUGCCCUAUGUUCGUGAAUGGGAUAAAGGCAAAGAGUUCACUUUUGGACUUUGGUCAAAGAAGCAGAAUGAACUCAGGAAUGAAAGAGAUCCAGAGUUUGCACCACCUUCUGCUUACUUUAUGGGCCAAAAGAAAUUUUACGAUUUGAAUAAUCAAAAUUGGAACAAAUCUAAAUCCUCCUAUGUAAGUACGGAAGACAGUCUUUUGGGCAACUUGCCGUCUACAUCAGCUGAGACUCACAACAACUCAUGGAACAAGGACUUCAUACCUAAUCAGGCACCUGAGAUGAGGACAUCAAACCAAGAGCCGGUUUACCAAAGUUUGGAUGAUAUGCUCUCCUACUACAAGCAAGUCACAUGAACGUCAGAUGCCAUUAGGAGAACAACUGGUUUCCCGGUGGUUAAAACAAAUUAAGGAUAGUUUCUGUGAGCAGGUGAAUUUUCCUGUAGUUCCCUCUCCCCUAUCACUUCUAAUAUUAAAGAAUUAACUUCAAAGUUACUGUCUUUGUCUGGAAUGUCAUUUCUUUAGGCACACAAAAGCUUGGAUAUGAUCAGGUUUUAACACUUUAAUAAUAAUCCUUAUUUAAUUAAUGAAAAAGGCUAUCCUAGAGCAAGAGCUACUCGAGAAGUUUUACACUACACAUCCAUCACCAUUUGCCCAAUUAUUUGGAGUCAAGCAGAGGUUGUGAGCAACUUUUGCAGCUUAGGAACUGCAUCUUUUUAACACUUAAAAGCUCACAGAAUGAACAUUGGAAGGUACUGGGUUGAAAAGUCAUCAUUUUGAAAGGAGUUUAUUGAUGCAUUUAAUUUGUUAAAUUCAUAUACUGGGCUCAAGAUGGUAAAUCUAACAUUCUAUCCUUCGGUUUUUCCCAAUAACAUCUUUGUCAGAUAGAUUGGGCUGAGAGUAAACUCUGAUACUAAGAGUGAACAUGAUUCUCCCCAGUCUUGGUCUAGCAACAUAACCAUGACGCUCCAUGGGCUCCCAUACCACCAUCAAUCUCUCCAUUUAACCUGUUAGUGCAAGAGCUGCAAAAUUUCAGCUGGGAGCCAUUCUGAUAUGGAUUAUCUUUCCUCAGAUUUCCUCUUUAAGAAAGUUUAGUUCCUGCUAUAUGUGAUUAUCAUAUUCGUUGUUGUUAUAGGCAUUCCUUAUGCGUAUGUUCUUUAUAAUCAAACAUUCACGUAGGACAUCGUGCUACAAACAGAAUUUCUUUAAAUGGUAAUUUUUCUCUUUAUUUUCCAGCAGUCUUCUGAAAUUAUUCCAAUGUUAAACAAGCAAAAUGUUCACACAUUGGUAUUGUUGACCUUCCAGAUUAUUAUUAUUCUAAACUAAUUUUGUGUUACUAAAGUGCAUAUUUAAAAGACCUCUGGAUUGAUGUUGUAAUCAUGGUGAUAUGUGGCUGCAAAAUAAAAUUUACUUUCCAGUUUUGAAGGUUCAGUUUUUCCUACAAAAGGUAAAAGUUGUAUUAUUUAAUGCGAUGCCUUGAAAUAAUGAAGUAAAAUGCAAGUUCUUCAGUAAUAUGCUCUUUAG